GCCGGUUGCUGGGGCCCGCGAGGUCGCCGGGCCGCAGGCGUCGCGCUGAUUGGCUGCGCCGCGGGCGGAAGUGAUGCUGCUGUCACUGCUCCUCCGGCUCCCGGGAAGCCGCGAGUUUCCGCAGGGAGGCGGCGGCAGCUGCGGCCGGGCCGAUAUACAAAUCAGGAAGUUAGCUACCACCUGGACUUCUAGGACGUUAUUACCUACUUUAUCAGGAGGCAUUUUGGUCUGUAGCCUUUGCUGAGUCAACACUGCUCACAGAGAGAGUGAUGCCUUUUCUCCAUUUGCACAACAUGAGUGUGACGUGGUUAGCCAGACCAGGAGCUCAACCUCAUGUAGAGUCCAGUCCACUGCUCUGAUGCCGAAGGGGAGGCAGAAAGUGCCACACUUGGAUGCCCCCCUGGGCCUGCCCACCUGCCUCUGGCUGGAAUUAGCCGGGCUCUUGUUACUGGUUCCCUGGGUCAUGGGCCUGGCAGGGACAGGUGGGCCUGAUGGCCAUGGUUCAGGGGGGCCAAGCUGGGCUGUGCACCUGGAAAGCCUGGAAGGUGAGGGGGAGGAAGAGACUCUGGAGCAGCAGGCGGAUGCCUUGGCUCGGACUGCAGGGCUGGUGAAUGCUGGACGCAUCGGAGAGCUUCAGGGGCACUACCUCUUUGUCCAGCCUGCUGGGCACAGGCCGGCCCUGGAGAUGGAGGCCAUCCGGCAGCAGGUGGAGGCUGUGUUGGCUGGACACGAAGCUGUGCGCUGGCACUCAGAGCAGAGGCUGCUAAGGCGGGCCAAGCGCAGCGUCCACUUCAAUGACCCCAAGUACCCGCAGCAGUGGCACCUGAAUAACCGACGGAUCCCAGGCAGGGACAUCAAUGUGACAGGUGUGUGGGAGCGCAAUGUGACUGGGCGAGGGGUGACGGUGGUGGUAGUGGAUGACGGAGUGGAACACACCAUCCAGGACAUUGCACCUAACUAUAGCCCUGAGGGUAGCUAUGACCUCAACUCUAAUGACCCUGACCCCAUGCCUCACCCGGAUGUGGAGAAUGGCAACCACCAUGGCACGCGAUGUGCAGGAGAGAUCGCGGCUGUGCCCAACAACAGCUUCUGUGCGGUGGGCGUGGCCUACGGGAGCCGCAUCGCAGGUAUCCGGGUACUGGAUGGACCUCUCACAGACAGCAUGGAGGCAGUGGCGUUCAACAAGCACUAUCAGAUCAAUGACAUCUACAGCUGCAGCUGGGGACCAGAUGAUGAUGGGAAGACAGUGGAUGGCCCCCAUCAGCUUGGAAAGGCUGCCUUGCAACAUGGGGUGAUUGCUGGACGCCAGGGUUUUGGGAGUAUCUUUGUGGUAGCCAGUGGCAAUGGGGGCCAACACAACGACAACUGCAACUACGAUGGCUACGCCAACUCUAUCUACACAGUCACCAUAGGAGCUGUGGAUGAGGAGGGACACAUGCCUUUCUAUGCAGAAGAAUGUGCCUCCAUGCUGGCAGUCACCUUCAGUGGUGGGGACAAGAUGCUUCGGAGCAUUGUGACAACUGACUGGGACCUUCAGAAGGGCACUGGCUGCACUGAGGGCCACACAGGGACCUCAGCUGCAGCACCUCUGGCAGCUGGCAUGAUAGCCUUAAUGCUGCAGGUGCGGCCCUGCCUCACGUGGCGUGAUGUCCAGCAUAUCAUUGUCUUCACAGCCAUCCAGUACGAGGAUCACCGUGCAGAGUGGGUCACCAACGAGGCAGGCUUCAGCCAUAGCCACCAGCACGGUUUCGGACUGCUCAACGCUUGGAGGCUUGUGAAUGCAGCCAAGAUCUGGACAUCUGUCCCUUACUUAGCAUCCUACGUCAGUCCUGUGUUAAAAGAGAACAAGGCAAUUCCACAGUCCCCCCGUUCCCUGGAGGUCCUGUGGAAUGUCAGCAGGACGGACCUGGAGAUGUCGGGACUGAAGACCCUGGAGCACGUGGCAGUGACAGUCUCCAUCACUCACCCACGGCGAGGCAGCUUGGAACUGAAGCUGUUCUGCCCCAGUGGCAUGAUGUCCCUCAUCGGCACCCCCCGCAGCAUGGACUCGGAUCCUAACGGCUUCAAUGACUGGACCUUCUCCACUGUGCGAUGCUGGGGGGAGAGAGCCCGGGGGACCUACAGGCUUGUUGUCAGGGAUGUCGGGGAUGAGUCAUUCCAGGUCGGCAUCCUCCGGCAAUGGCAGCUGACCCUAUAUGGCUCUGUGUGGAGUCCAGUAGACAUCAGGGACAGACAAAGGCUGUUAGAAAGUGCCAUGAGUGGAAAAUACCUGCGCGAUGACUUUGUCCUGCCCUGCCCACCUGGGCUGAAAAUUCCUGAGGAAGAUGGUUACACCAUCACCCCCAACACCCUCAAGACCCUGGUGCUGGUAGGCUGUUUCACUGUCUUCUGGACCGUUUACUACAUGCUGGAAGUAUACUUGAGCCAGAGGAAUGUGGCUUCCAACCAAGCUUGUAGGAGUGGACCCUGCCACUGGCCCCAUCGAAGCCGGAAAGCCAAGGAGGAAGGGACAGAGCUAGAAUCAGUGCCACUUUGCAGCAGCAAGGAUUCAGACGAAGUAGAAACAGAGAGCAGGGGCCCUCCCACCACUUCUGACCUCCUUGCCCCAGACCUGCUGGAGCAAGGGGACUGGAGCCUGUCCCAGAACAAGAGCGCCUUGGACUGCCCUCAUCAGCACCUAGACCUAUUGCACGGGAAGGAGGAGCAGAUCUGCUGACCUCAGGCCCUGACGGUGUGGGACAGGCUCUUUCCCAAAAUUAGGGAGCUCCGGAGAGACCUGAUGCUUACAUCUGGAAUCUGAGGCCUAAACAGCAUCCUGUGACUCCACUCAGAGCGGGAGGGCCUUCUUAAGAUACAAAUGGCAGAGGAUUGGUACCAGAGAAGUCUGGUUGAGAGCCACAGGGUCUUCCUGCAGCCAAACAGGAGCUUUUGUGGAGAAGGUCUUGGGGAGGAUUGGCGCCCCCUUUGGGUAGGCCUCCAUCUUCAGCUCUCUUGGGCAAGCCUGUUGUCUAGGUCCCCCAUGCAUGGGGGCCCCCCCACCCACACGAGUUGAGAAGGUGCCUGCCAUAGCCAGGAGCACAUCUCCAUGGAAACAUGACCGGGGUCACUUGGGAGGAAGACUUUGGGGUAGAGGCUGGGAAGAGCCCCUGGACAUGCCUGUUCUGAAAGUGGCCGCCUCCAUUAUCCAUUCCCAAGAUGCCUGAUCAGAAGCCAACCUUGAAUGAACCCCUGGCUCUUUCACCACCACCCCUCCCCCCCACCAUGACUGGUCCGAUGCUGCUGGCACAGCUGGGAUACACACAGCUCCCCCGGGCCUGAGCUGCUUCACUAGGGAAUCCCGCGGCAGGACUGCAGAGCAGGUGGCAGACGUGCGUGUCGGAGAAGACAGCCUUGGGAGCCACUGCCACUCCGGUCCUGCCACCACCCUGUCUUCCUCUGCAAGUGCUCAGGGAAAUGGCCUUCCCUCCAGAGGCCAGCUAUCUGCCUGACAGGCUGUGACUCUUCUCUCAAUCUUGGCCUUCUCCCCUCUUCUGAGCUAGUUGGUUGAUUGGAAUUUUUUUUUAAUGCUUAAGAUUUGUUUUUCUCUUUUCACAGCAACAUUUUCUUGAAUUUUUUUCUGCACAGCUUUUCCAAAAUAAAAACCUUCCAAACAA